AUGAAUAUCAACAAGAAUAACAAAAAGAAGAAGAAUCAAAAUAGUGUGAUUGAUAUACCUCUAUUUAUAAAUGAUAACAAGAUAGAUAGUAUCAAUCUACUAUCUGAAUUGUAUACAACCGUUGUUAAAGAGAUCAUCAAGUAUCUCUUUUAUAUGAGAAAUCAAAUUAAAUUACCUUAUAAUGACUUUGAAAGAUUGUAUUCUCCAAUCACCAACAACAAAGAUGAUAAUGUUGAAAAGAAGAUAAUUAAAAAGAUACCAAAAAAAUGUAUGAUUGCAUUGAGUAGUUGUAAUCAAUUAUUUGGAUCUCUUGGAAUAGACUUUAAUAGUGGUAACUACUAUGAAAAGGUUGUCAUUAUCUUUGGUAAUUCCAUCAUGGCACCAAAAGAAAUUUAUAUUAUCAAUGUACCUAGGUUAUCACAUGAAGAUAUGUUGUGUAUGGAUGAUGAUGAUCAUCAUCAUGACAACAAUGAUACAAUCGACCAACAAAAGACAAUUAUCAACUCAAUAAUAAGAGAUAUUAUGAGACAAUUGGUGGUUGGUCAAAUCGAUAUCUUUAAUACCGAACUUAAACCAACUAAAAUUCAUGUUUUAGUUUAUAAGUCCAAUAAUAUUAAUAAUAAUAAUAAUAAUAAUAAUGAACAAAUAAUAGUGGAAUCAUUAUUGAUACCUAAUCAACAAAUGGAAUAUAUUCGAAAGACAAAAUCAACAAAGGUUUGUGUGUUUGAUUUAAAUCUAUCAUCCUCGUCUUUGUCAACCGACACUUUCACAAACAAUAAGAUGACUAUUGAAAAUAAUAAGAUCAUUAUUCCGUCGUUGUUGUGUUCCAAUCGAUGUGUCGAUACAGAACAAAAAAGUGAAGGUGCCAAUGGUGAUGGUGGUGACGAUCAGUGCAAAGAUGAAAAUGAAGGCGACAACGACGAUCAAGAGGACAUGGAUAUAGAUAUAGAUAUGGAGAUUGACGAUGCAGAUGAGCAACAACAAUUAACCGAAAACCAACACCACACCAAUGUUUGUAAUGACAUUGUCGAGCCCUUCACCAAUGCAUAUUCCUAUAUUUGGUACAAGUACAAUAAAAUCAUUCUAUUCCCAAAAAUCAGUAGCGAUCAGAAAAACAACAAACAAAAAGAUUCACCAAACCAACACUUGGAUGCUGAUAGUCAGUCGUCGAUCAAUCAAACAAACGAGAAGGGAACAAUCAAAUUAGGAGAGGUUAACAUUCCAUUUAGUUUAGUGGAAUUAGAAUUAAUAGUUAGUGAUAUUGGUGUUGGUCGUUACUAUAGCCAUUUCAUUCAUGGUCAUAGUAGCAGCAGCAGCAGCAAUAGUAGCACCGAUAGUAGCAGACAAAAGAAAGAAAAAAGACAUCAAUCAAUAAUAUUAUUAAUCAAUCAAAUCAAAUUAAAUUAA